AUGCCGGUCGUCCUCGCGUGCUACUACGCCGUCGGCCUUCCCCUCGGAGGCGCCCUCGCCUUCACAGCUGGCUGGGGCGCGCGCGGGAUGGUGCUGGGCAUGUGCAAGUUGCUGCACGCCACCGCGCUCGUCGUCCUCGUCAGCCGGACCGAUUGGCGGCGCGAGGUGCGAGAGGCCGCGGCCAGGCUGCAGGGCGAGGGCGAGGACCGGCCGGUGGAGCUGGCUCCGGCGCCGGGAGUCGACGAGGAUGGCGGCCGAGAGGGCGGCGGGGCGGCAGAGAUGCAGGAGGGGCGGGAGGCCGAGAGCGGUCGCGCAGCGCUUAUUGGACGAGCGCCGCCCGACGGAGAGAGCGCGAAGGUGUGA